AUGCCCGCCAUUGCAACCUUGAUAACUUCUGCCAUGAUUAAAAGAGUUCCAGCACGAGAGCACGGGAAAUAUGACCCUCCAUCCUUGUCAGCGGGGUACCCUUACAACCUGGAUUUCAACUUCAGCGUGCUAGCCCAGUUCCACAACUUCUCCAUCAACAACCUUGGCGACCCUUUCAUCGAGAGCAACUACGGUAUGCACUCAAGGCAGUUUGAGGUCACCGUGCUAGACUGGUUUGCCUGCCUUUGGGAGCUCCAGCAACAUCAGUAUUGGGGCUACAUCACCAACUGCGGAACCGGCGGGAAUUUGCACGGCCUACUAGUCGGGAGAGAACUUUUUCCCGAUGGAAUUAUAUAUGCGUCUUGCGAGUCACAUUACUCUGUCUUUAAGGCAGCUAGGAUGUACAAGGUCGAGUGCGUCAAGAUCGACACUCUAGUCACCGGAGAGAUGAACUGUGCAAUAUUGGUUAGCAUCUUACCUUCACCAACUAGAGAGAGACACGCGUUAAAUUGUUCAUAUUAUCUAUGUAAAGACUCAUCUGAUUGAUAUUGACCUUUUUCUUUCCUUGUAGGGACAAUUGUGAAGGGAGCAAUUGAUGAUCUUGACAGGAUCCUAAGCAUUCUUGAGGAAUGUGGGUUUCGAGACCGGUUUUAUAUCCACUGUGACGGUGCUCUGGCCGGUCUUAUGAUGCCAUUUAUAAAACAAGCCCCAAAGGUGUCAUUCACAAAGCCCAUCGGAAGCGUUCGUGCCUCCGGCCACAAGUUCAUGGGAUGUCCAGUACCAUGCGGUGUGAUAAUAACAAGGCUUGAGCACGUAAAAGUACUUUCUACCGAUAGUGAAUACCUAUCAUCCAGAGACGGGACAAUCAUGGGGAGCCGCAAUGGGCAUGCGCCAAUGUUCCUAUGGUACACGUUGAACAAGAAGGGUUAUAGAGGCAUCCGCAAGGAAGUUCAAAAGUGCUUGAGAAAUGCUCAUUACCUUGCCAACCGUCUCAAGGAGAUGGGAGUCAGUGCAUCCUUAAACGAGUUGAGUUGCACGGUGGUCUUCGAGAGGCCACAAGACGAGAGUUUUGUGCACAAGUGGCAGCUCGCCUAUGAGGGCAUCAUCGCACAUAUGGUAGUGAUGCCAAACGUCGGUGUGGAGAAGCUCGAUGACUUCAUUGAAGAGCUUGCCACCAAGCGGAGCUGCUGGCAUGAAGGCAAAGUGUUUAACAUAGUAUGUGUUGCAAAGAACAUAGGGCAAGAAAAUUGCCUUUGUAGUCUGCACAACAAGGACCGGGAACAGCACCUUACAAUAUGGAGUUAAUUUGAGGGGCACACAUGAUUGAUCUAGCUUUAAUAAAAUGUACAUGUCGCCACUUGUUAUCCAUUUGUGUUGAUGUACUAUCUAUA